AUGGGUAGUGAAUUAAAUCUUUCAACUACGGAAUCCAGUUUUUUAAGCAGAGCAUGGAUUGGAAAUAUUUUUUCCAUAAUUUGGAAUUGGACAGGGGUAUGGUUCAGCUGGACAAGGCAAUCUGACACAAUGCUCAGGAAUAUUGAGAAGACUAUAUUAUCAUGUGUCACAACAGCAUACAAGCGUUUCUAUGUGGACAUAGGGUCCGUUGUGGGGCAAUGUGACAAGAUUUGGACUAUAUCGUUGAACGAUGAAGCCCCACAGACGCCGCUUGUAAUGCUUCAUGGAAUGGGGGCUGGUGUGGCUUUGUGGUGCCCCAACUUAGACGCUCUGGCUGCCACGAGACCAGUUUAUGCCAUUGACUUAUUGGGCUUUGGCCGCAGUUCGCGACCGAAGUUCGCAACAGACGCUGAAAAAGUUGAAGCUCAAUGGGUCGAGUCGGUGGAAGAAUGGAGACGAGAAGUCAAGAUAAAUCACUUUAUCCUACUGGGACAUAGUUUGGGAGGAUACAUUGCUACGGCCUACGCCCUCAAAUAUCCUGAUCGAGUACGUCACCUUAUCUUAGCCGAUCCGUGGGGAUUUCCCGAGAAACCUUCUAAUGUGUACGAGAAGUACCAAGUGCCGUUUUGGGUUCGGACAGUCGCAAAAGUCUUGCAACCUCUCAACCCUCUUUGGGCGGUCAGAGCCGCGGGACCGGCUGGCAAGUGGCUGGUCUCGAAGACUCGGCCGGACAUUUCAAGGAAAUUUAUGAAUUAUGUAGCCGAUGCAGAAACAAUUAUACCUGAAUAUUUGUAUCAGUGCAAUUCGCAGACCCCGAGCGGCGAGAGCGCCUUCCACACACUGAUGCACGGUUUCGGAUGGGCAAAGAAUCCGAUGGUGCGUCGCGUGGACAAACUGCAUCCAGCCCUACCCGUCACGGUGCUCUAUGGGUCUCGCUCCUGGGUGGAUAAUACUACGGGGCAACAGCUGGCACAGCAUCGCCCAGAUUCCGAUACUAACGUCCAGGUGAUCAACGGUGCGGGUCACCACAUAUACCUCGAUAAACCGGAUCUAUUCAAUAAAUACGUUAACGAAGCGUGCGCACGCGCAGAUGCGGACACGACGUUCGCGACGCGAAUCGCAAAAACGGAGUCAUCUAGCGAGAAACGGAGUUCGGGUGACACGCAACCAGAUUUGGGACCGAAACAAUGCGAUGACACGAACCAAGUGUCUACAUCCUGA